UCUCUAGAAGCACUGCUCCACUUCUUCCUCUUUUGCUCUUCCAAACUCCCUGGGUUCAACACAAGCUCAGGUCUUUGGUUCUGACCAAAUUUCCCCUGGGGGAUGAAGGACAAAGACACCUUGUGCUGCACGUUUUGAUAAAAUACAAUAGAUUUUCACAAGCAUAAAAUGGACCAUCGCUCUCCCCCGACCGGCUACAUUAUAAACUCAUCAUUUAUGUGCCGACACGGUGUCUUUGUCCUUGAUUCCCAGUAGGAUUCGGUCAGAAUCAAGCAGAGGAGGAUGAAGGGGCGUAGCGAGACCGCUGGACAAUUCACAUUGUUCCAUUGGAGGGAUACGUAAGAUGGAUUACACCACCUUGUUACCCCCCCUCUGUACGCUUACUGCAAACUGCUAGCAAUUCAUUCAUAACUUCUAGUAGAAGUAAUAAAGGAACGGCAGAACAUAGAGCCAUAAGGAUAGAUGCUCCAGAAUGGUAAUUACAUGGGGAAUGCAUGAAGAUAAUAAAACAGGUGUCACAGGAGUGGUGAGAGGUCCUCUUUAAUGAGCGGCAUAAGGCGGCUGUGCUACGGCCAUCGCAGUGCCGGAGGCUUUAGCUGCACGCACGCCAUCAGAGGCACGCAGCGUUCUGCUACUUUGUUAUUUUGUAAACCUUAAAAGUGAUUUAGGGAGGGGGGGGGGGGGCGGAGCUAGCGCCGGACAGAGAUAGACGCUUAGUUCCCUGCUCUGCUAAAACGACCGUCCCUAGCACCAGCUAUAAUUAGCCCCAGCGAGUGAGGAUGGUCAAAAUCAGGAACUCCAAGCUCGGAGAACAUCCAGCGAUACCCAAGGACCAGAUUCCGAGUGGCAAUAUGGAGAAAUUCCUUAAAAAAGCGGCCGCUACGAUCACGCCACGAGAGCCAAAGAUGGCGCCGGCCCAGCAGCCCAAAGCCUUGAAGCGCAUCCCUGCGCAUUCCGAGGGUGACAGCGAUUCUGAAGAACGCCAACCUAGCUCUGACCUGCCGCUCACCAGACGAUACCUGGACCAGGCACUUAGCAGAGUUAUGGAGCCCAUUCUCACUGAACUUUCGGCUGUUAGACAAGAGGUGAGACACAUUGGGGAACGGGUGGAAACACUUGAAACCCACCAGGCCGCAUCCCUGAACCACCAGUCAGCGGUCUCAGCCUCACUCCGUCGCUGCACAGCGCACCUCAAUGAUUUGCAUAAUGCCCUAGAAGACCAGGAGAACAGAGGGCACCGCAACAACUUACGAUUUAGAGGGAUCCCCGAAUCAGUGUUGCCGGGAGAGAUUACCACCACCAUCAUCUCCAUAUGCGGCUCCCUGCUAGGUCCCGAUUACCCUCAAGAAAUCGCCAUUGAACGCGCACAUAGGGCUCUACGCCCCAAACCUAAGCCGACUGAGCCACCUCGCGAUAUCAUCUGCAAGUUCCUAAACUUCCCAGUCAAAGCGGCCAUCCUGGAUGCUGCACGUAAUCAUGCUGAUCUCUCCUAUGAAGACAACAGGUUGGAGAUAUACCAGGAUCUAGCCCCCUCCACUCUCAAGAAAUGGAGAGCCCUAAAACCUCUGACCAAUUGGCUUCGGUCCAACAAAGUCCUAUACCGCUGGUCCUACCCGUUUGGACUUUCCUUUUCUGUCGCAGGCAAGCGGAUCAACAUCUCGCCCCAUGCUGACAUCGGGCCUAUCCUUGAAGACCUGGACAUUCCUCCUAUGCAGAUAGAAAAUUGGGAACUGUACCACGACCUAGGAGACCUGCCAGAUCUCCCCAUCUAUGAGAACCUCUAUAACCUCCCUACCAACAUUACCCCAGAAAGUCAGGCUUCCAUUAUCUCAACUUUCCUAGACUCAUCCAAUAUUCCUUCCAUAUCUCCAGACCAAAAGCUAAAAUUAGAAACUCUGUUCACAUUAACAGAACACAAUAAAGCUCUAAGUCAAAUGCCGAAAGGGAAGAGCCCAGGGCCAGAUGGCCUUCCGGUCUCAUAUUAUAAAACCUUCCAUGAAAUCCUCCUCCCCAUCUUCUUGAGGUUUGUAACCUAGCGCUUAAAGGUGUCCCACUCUCCAGAGACAUGACAGCGGCCCAUAUUACACUCAUCCCUAAAGAAGGGAAAGACUCCAAGCAGUGCUCCAAUUAUAGGCCCAUAUCCCUCCUGAAUAUAGACCUCAAACUCCUGGCCAAAAUGUUAGCCAACAGGUUGGCCAAUGUUCUCCCCCAUCUUGUUCACAGGGAUCAGGUCGGCUUUAUCCACAAUAGAGAGGGCAAAGACAACACAUCUAGAGUGAUUAAUGCACUCUGUCAAGCUAACCACAUCUCUUCCCUUUUGCUCCUUCUCAGCACUGAUGCUGAGAAAGCAUUUGAUUCAACUGAACAUACCUGAAACAUGUCUUGCUUAAGUUUGGCCUCCCUGAUCCCUUUGUACAAGCUACCUUUGCCAUGUAUGACCAAGCAACUGCUCUGGUCAUGGUCAAUGGGAAUCUUUCCUCUCCAUUUGCUAUAAAUAAUGGGACGCGACAGGGCUGUCCCCACUUUUAUUCAUUCUAGCACUGGAACCGCUCUUAUCUAUUUUAAGGUCGGAUAGGAGAAUUGAGGGUCUAUAUUUGGGAGGUAAGGAACAGAAAAUUGCAGCAUUUGCGGAUGAUGUUCUAAUGAUGACAGUAAAUCCGUUAGUUUCCCUUCCCUGCAUUCAGUCCCAUCUCGACCUUUAUAGCACGGUUUCAGAUUUCAAGAUAAAUGCUUAUAAAUCUGUAGUCCUAUGCUCAGGUAUCUCCCCCACCACCAAACGAUGCCUAAUGGCGAACUCACCCUUCAAUUGGUCCUCUCCCACCAUCACCUACCUGGGUGUUAAAAUUAGCCCCAAAAUAAAAGACCAAUUCUCCCUUAACUAUGUCCCACUAAAGUCUUCAAUCUUUAAUACUAUAGAUAACCUCACCCAAUCCAACCCUGCAUUGUCCUGGUUUGGCCGCAAAAAUCUACUCUCUUCCCUAAUCCUCCCCCGUCUCACUUACCUAUAACAGGUUCUUCCGAUUCCUAUACCCAAGCAUUACUAUGCUUCAAUGCAAAAAAAAAAUUGAUAAUUUAUAUGGAAUGGGAAGAAAGCUAGACUUGCAUUCUCCCUCCUCAUCAAACCUAGACAAACUGGGGGAAUAGGCCUUCCAAACCCAGAACUAUACGGCAAGGCUAUACUCCUCUCCCGAGCAGUAGCCUGGCUAUGCCCCUCUUUACAAUCUUCCACAGUAGAAAUGGAACUCGACAUAUUAAACACACCUGUUAGAGCACUUCUACUAGGGCGCCAAAACGUUCUUUCUGAAUCGUUAUCCCAUUACCCAAUUGUCAAAGCAACCCUUGAGGCUUGGAAGUGUCUGUCUACAUCUCACUGUUCCAUCCCGUUUCCCUCCCCACUUCUAACGAUAAAAGACUUAAUAGACACGGCCCCUUUGGCUCUGAGAACGGCUACCUCGAAAGGGCUAAAUUCCUCAACAAUAGCCCUAUUAUCGCUGACAAACUAUACUGGUAACAUACUAGAUCUGGAAGCCAUGAAAGCUUUACUUGAUCCUCGCCCAGGUGAUCUUUUUUCUGUCCUAUACCUCAGAGCUUACAUAAGCCAGCACGUCCAUUUGGGUGACCUCCAGCGUCCUCUGGUAUGGUUCGAGUCAGUAAUCUCCCUUCCUAAAGCCCCUAGAAGACUUAUCUCACAAAUAUAUAGCAGACUACGCUCCCCACCUAUGCUGACUAGGUCAGCUUUCAUAAAGCAAUGGGAAUUAGACCUGAACAUUACCAUCCCCUUCACAUCUCUCCACAAGCUCCUUGAAUCUCCUCACAGGGCCUCCCGCUGUGUCCGAAUCCAAGAGAAUGAAUAUAAAAUUCUUACUAGAUGGUAUAAUACGCCAGAUAAGACCGCAUUAUUCUCUCAAACUGCUUUGGACACAUGCUGGAGGUGCCUUCAGGGGAAAGGGACUUUCCUCCACAUAUGGUGGACUUGACCCCUUAUCACCAAAUGGUGGUCCGAGAUAUUUUCCCUAGCAAACAAAAUCUGUCACACCUCUUUCCACCCAUCUCCUCAGAUGGCUCUAUUGUCCUUCAGUCAGGAAAAGGGCCACCUACAACCACCCUUCAUCUUCUCACAGAUGUUGAUAGCCGCUCGCCUUCUGGUUCCUAGAUACUGGAUGCAAAUCCAAACCCCUCCUAUGGAACAAUGGCUACAAAAGGUUGACCAGCUCCAUAGGUUCGAGGAACUGUCCUCUUGGGAAACCCGCACACACAUUGCUUUCCUCAAAAAAUGGCUACCCUGGUCAUCUUAUAGAGCUCCCAAAAAUAAAAACACCCUUAGCCCUAAUGCUUUAUGAGCUAGACCAAGGAAGACAUCAGACCAGUCCUGUUCCGCUGUUAAUUCCUUACACAUCGGUCCCUUACUAACCAACACCUUUUUAUGGAUCAAAGGUCCUCACCUCACUUACACAUCUGAUAGUAUCUUGCAUGUUAACACAAAGCUGGUCCAACUGUAAUGUGAUUACUUGGCGCUUUUUACCCCAUUCUCUCAGCACCAUCAUCUCUGGAUGCUUCGCUCACUUAUCUACCCACCCGUCUACUCUCUUUCACUAUGUUUGUCUGAUAUUGCCAUGCAUCUGAUUUGUACUCGCAAUGAAUCUUUUUGUAUAAUGAUAUGGCCUGCGUGCCAGUACCUUGGUACCCUGUUACCCCCUGUUCUUUAUUGAGAAAAUCAAUAAAAAUAUAAUAA